GGGGCGGCAGCGGGCGCGAUCCACACCCCCAGCCGGCCCAGCGAGCGAGCGCCGAGCCCCGGCGUCCAUGGGGCGCCUCCUCCGCGCGGCCCCGACCCCCGCCUGCGGCGCGCGCCUGCCCUGACCCGGACUUGGGACUUCCGAAGAGGAUCGCGCGGCCGGGAUAGGUCUUACAGAGCACAAUGGCUGAACAACUCCUUCCCCAGGCUUUGUAUCUGAGCAACAUGCGGAAAGCUGUGAAGAUACGAGAGAGAACUCCAGAAGAUAUAUUUAAGCCUACCAAUGGGAUCAUUCACCAUUUUAAAUCCAUGCACCGAUACACACUAGAAAUGUUCAGAACUUGCCAGUUUUGUCCACAAUUUCGGGAGAUCAUCCACAAAGCUCUCAUUGACAGAAACAUCCAGGACUCCCUUGAAAGCCAGAAGAGGCUCAACUGGUGUCGGGAAGUCAGGAAGCUGGUGGCUCUGAAAACGAAUGGUGAUGGAAACUGCCUCAUGCAUGCUGCUUCUCAGUACAUGUGGGGUGUUCAGGACACAGACUUGGUCCUGAGGAAGGCGCUCUUCAGCACUCUCAAGGAGACAGAUACACGCAACUUCAAAUUCCGGUGGCAGCUGGAGUCCCUUAAAUCUCAGGAAUUUGUGGAAACGGGGCUUUGCUACGACACUCGGAAUUGGACGGAUGAGUGGGACAGCCUUGUCAAAAUGGCAUCAACAGACACACCUGUGGCCCGAGGUGGACUUCAGUAUAACUCACUGGAAGAAAUACACAUAUUUGUCCUUUGCAACAUCCUCAGAAGGCCCAUCAUUGUCAUUUCAGACAAAAUGCUGAGAAGUUUGGAAUCGGGUUCCAAUUUCGCUCCCUUGAAGGUGGGCGGGAUUUACCUGCCUCUCCACUGGCCAGCCCAGGAGUGCUACCGAUACCCCAUCAUUCUCGGCUAUGACAGCCAGCACUUUGUACCCCUGGUGACUCUGAAGGACAGUGGACCUGAAAUCCGAGCCGUUCCACUUGUUAACAGAGAGCGAGGAAGAUUUGAAGACUUAAAAGUUCACUUUUUGACAGAUCCUGAAAAUGAGAUGAAGGAAAAGCUCUUGAAAGAAUACCUGAUGGUGAUUGAAAUCCCUGUCCAGGGCUGGGACCAUGGCACCACCCACUUGAUCAAUGCCGCGAAGCUAGAUGAAGCCAACUUACCCAAAGAAAUAAAUCUGGUAGACGAUUACUUUGAACUUGUCCAGCACGAGUACAAGAAAUGGCAGGAGAACAGCGAGCAGGAGCGGAGAGAGAUGCGUGCUCAGAACCCUUUGGAGCCUUCCGUUCCCCAGCUUUCUCUUAUGGACGUAAAAUGUGAAACACCCAACUGUCCUUUCUUCAUGUCCGUGAACACCCAGCCUCUGUGCCAUGAGUGCUCAGAGAGGCGGCAAAAGACCCAGAACAAAUCCUCAAAGCUGCACUCCAAGCCAGGCCCCGAGGUGCUCCCCGGCAUGGCUCUUGGGGCCUCCCGGGGGGAGGCCUGUGAGCCCAUGGACUGGAGCCCCAAGGAGCCAGCUGGGGGGCCUCAUUCGGCCCCUCCAACGGCGCCCAGCCUCUUCCUGUUCAGCGAGACCACUGCUAUGAAGUGCAGGAGCCCCGGCUGCCCUUUCACGCUGAACGUGCAGCACAACGGAUUUUGUGAGCGCUGCCACAACGCCCGGCAGCUUAACGCGGGCCACCCCUCGGACAGCACGAGGCACUUGGACCCCGGUAAGUGCCGAGCCUGCCUGCAGGACGUCACCAGGACGUUUAAUGGAAUCUGCAGUACUUGCUUCAAAAGGACUACGGCAGAGCCCUCCUCGGACCUCAGCUCCAGUGUCCCUCCUUCCUGUCACCAGAGGUCUAAGUCAGACCCCUCACAGCUCAUCCAGAGUCUCUCCCCACAUUCUUGCCGCAGAGCCGGGACCGAGGCUCCCUCUGGCUGCCUCUCUCAGGCUACACGGACUCCAGGGGACAGGAUGGGGACGAGCAAGUGCAGGAAAGCCGGCUGCAUGUAUUUUGGGACUCCAGAAAACAAAGGCUUCUGCACGCUGUGUUUCAUCGAGUACAGAGAAAACAAGCAUUUUGUCACUGCCUCCACGAAAGCCAGUCCCACGGCCCCCAGGUUCCAGAACGCUGUCCCCUGCCUGGGGAGGGAAUGUGGCACCCUGGGAAGCACCGUGUUUGAAGGAUACUGUCAGAAGUGUUUCAUCGAAGCUCAGAGUCAGAGAUUUCAUGAAGCAAAAAGGACCGAAGAGCAACUGGUGAGACAUUUUGAGAGAUCCAGCCAGCGCAGAGACGCGCCUCGGAGCACAGCGAGCACCUCGAGGCCCAAGUGCGCCCGGGCCUCCUGCAAGAACAUCCUGGCCUGCCGCAGCGAGGAGCUCUGCAUGGAGUGCCAGCACCUGGGCCUGCGAGUGGGUCCGGGGGCCCACCGGAGCGAGCCAGUUCCCGAGGAGCCCCCCAAACAACGCUGCCGCGCCCCUGCCUGUGAUCACUUCGGCAACGCCAAGUGCAGCGGCUACUGCAAUGAGUGCUUCCAGUUCAAGCAGCUGUACGGCUGACGGAUGCGGCGGGCCGGCCGGGCCACGGGGGACCGCGAGCCUUAGCCGGCGUGGUGCUGGCCCCUACGUACUGCGAUGCCCAGCAGGGAGCUGCGGGCGGCCUCGAGCAGGGGAGCAGAGAGAAGCUCGGGGCGCCGUCGCGGCCGGCCUGCCCCGGGGGCCUCGGAGCGAGAGCGAGGCCAGGGACUGGCAGCCCAUGGUGUGUCCGCUCUAGCCCGGUCCCCAUCGGGGCUGCUGCUGCUCCUCGCUGCCUGCCACGCGGAAGGCCGGGAACUUCAUGGACAUGGAAUGUGUGCCGGGACAGCUUCAUGGUCUCGGGAGAGAAGGGAGAAGAUGCCCCCAGCUGUCCCCCCGCGCGCCCCACGGGGGCCUGGCUCGGAGCCAGGGAGCUGGCCCGCCGCGCCCACAGGUGCUCUGCCGCAGGUUCAGAAGCUCAGGGAGAACGGCCGGCCGGAGCCAGAGUGUCAGCGGGGAACAGCCUUUCCCUGCCGCCUCGUUCCUGUCCGGCGGACGCGGCGGACACAGAGCCACGCAGACUGUGGUUCUGAGGCUGCUGAGGCCGAAUCAGUUCACACUGAAAAGCAAACCAGCUGCUCUUUACAGUAUGCACCUUGGAAAAAGUCUGAAUAUUCUAGUGGGAAGAUGUGUGACCCUUGUGGUUGUCACUGUCUUCACUCCUGAAGAAGUUAGCCAGAACUGAGGCGUGCAUAAAAAUGUGUACAUAUAUAUUGUACCCUUAUAUUAUGUAUGAGGGAAUUUUUUUUAUUAUGUUGAAACACGGCCCUAGAGAUGUAAGUAGGAAGACUGAAUAAUAACCUAUUUUCUGGUUGUUGUUGGGGCGCCAUCUGUAUACAGCUAGCAUGAAUUCAACCAGCUGCCUUGUUAGAGUGAACUCCCUAUUGUGUCUAUGUAAUUCACUUUAUUUAUUUUAUUUCAAACUUCAAGGUUAUUUAAAUGAAGACGUUUCUUCUGCUCUGGGUAAAGUGCUUGCUGUAGUGUCGAAAUAACAUAUUCCUAUUAAGUCCUCUUUCAGGAGGGCACUGCGUACCUUGGGGAUUUGGUCUCUGUGAUGUGAUGUGGUUGUCUUCCCUAAGAAAGAAGGAAUUGCAUCAAAGGGAUAUUCAUUAAAAGCUCAUGCUUCUUAAUGAAACUUGGGUCAGAGCCCCUUGCUAGCCAGACAGAAAAACAAAAACCAAAACUGCUCUCCACAGUAGACAGAUGCCUUGAAUAUCCUACCUCCUUAGAAAUAAGAUUGGGAAGGAAUGGGGAUGAGAUUGGAGAAGGUCACCGGGAAGAUGUGACCUUUAAUGAUGGUUCUAUUUGCUGUUAACGCUGUGUCCUGGGGUGCUGGCAGUGACCUCACAACCAGUGGCACCUUAGUGCUCGGACAGCAAAACUCUGUGACCAUGAGCAUAAGGAAAUUUCUUUCUGUCCUUGGCCUGCAGAUUCUCUAUUUGCUUUGUGUUGCUGCCAUACUUUUUCUAGAAAAAAAGGGGGAAAAACAUUGUCCCCAGAGGUAAAGGCUGCCUUUUUUUUUUUUUUUUUUUUUUUUUGUUGUAACUUAUGACCUGAAAAUAUUAGCAAUCUAUAACUCUACACAGCCUUUCCUGGUGUUGCCUGACAUGUUUGCCACCUCAAGUGCCAUUAAGUCUAUUUCCUGGACAUCUUAAUAAUUUUUUUCUAAAGAUAUCAAAUAAACUUCAGUGUUCAUCCA